AUGGACAUCGCUGAGUUUCAUGCUGCUGUGUACGAUACUGUGAGGCAUAUCCCCAUGGGUCGCGUCACUUCCUACGGCCACAUCGCGAAACUCAUUGGCAUGCCUACCUAUUCACGACACGUUGGCCAAGCAUUGAAGUUUACGUCGCCUGACGCGGAUCCCCCUGUGCCAUGGCACCGCGUCAUUUCGUCGACAGGCGCAAUAUCGUCGCGGGGCCCGGGGACGGAUGGGGCGCAACGGCAAAGGGAGGCGUUGGAGGCUGAAGGCGUGGAGGUGUCUGACCCAGGAUUAAAGGUCGAUCUGAGAACGUGGGGAUGGUUUCCCGAUAAUCUCAGCGAAGAGGGAGUUUGA